AACUAUAUGCAACGUAUGAUGUCGUCUGUGUAUGACAAAUUCCAAGACAUGAUGGUUGAACUUGACGGUUUUGAAGAAAUAGUAUUUAAAAAUCWAGUGAUUUCGCAUGCCUGUUAUUACGAAAUAACGGACUGUACCGAACAAGCUCUGAAUUUGUUUAGAAAAUGGAUGAAAAUUACGGAUCCAGAUAAUUUUAAUAUAUUGCCGAAAGAACUGAAACCAGUUAUUUACUGUCAAGCGAUAAAAUACGGAGGUGAAGACGAAUGGAACUUUUUAUUGGAACGUUAUCAGCGUUCCAAUUCGAACUCUGAAAAAUAUGAUAUGCUCGUAGGAUUAGGAUGUAGUUCAGAAACUUGGUUACUAAACAGAUAUUUGAAUUGGUCACUUGAUAAUUCAACUAUUMGCRAGSAAGACGCUGMCACAGUGUUCAAUGCCAUAGCGAGCAAUGACAUUGGAUUUUCUAUGGCAAAAGACUUUUUGUUUCAUAAUAUUUCAACUAUAUAUGAAUACUACCAAUCUUCAGGCGAUACUGUUGGUAGUUACGUGAAAUUUAUAGGGUUUAAAAUGAAAACUAAAGAAGAAUUAGAUGAGGUGAUAAAAAUAACUAGUUUUAUUUUUAAAAAUCAAAAGUUUCAUUGA